UCCCAAAAAUCUGCAAAACCACGCUCGCACUCGCCGGAAGGAGUCUUCUCCACGAGGUGCUGGGGUGAGAGCGUCCAGUUUGAGUUGCUGGUGUUGUGGUCAGCGCGAUGCCCAAGGCCAAGGGGAAGACCCGGAGGCAGAAAUUCGGUUACAGUGUUAACCGGAAGCGUCUGAACCGAAAUGCUCGACGGAAGACAGCGCCGCGGAUCGAAUGCUCUCACAUCCGACAUGCUUGGGACCAGACCAAAUCGGUGCGGCAGAACCUGGCCGAGAUGGGUUUGGCUAUGGACCCUAACAAGGCGGUGCCACUGCUUAAGAGAAAGGUAAAGGCCAUGGAGGUAGACGUAGGGGAAAGGCCUAAGGAGCUUGUGCGGAAGCCCUACGUGCUCAAUGACCUAGAGGCCGAAGCCAGCCUUCCAGAGAAGAAAGGAAAUACGCUAUCCCGGGACCUCAUUGACUACGUUCGCUACAUGGUGGAGAACCACGGGGAGGACUAUAAGGCGAUGGCCCGGGAUGAGAAGAAUUACUAUCAAGAUACCCCAAAACAGAUUCGGAGUAAGAUCAACGUCUAUAAGCGUUUUUACCCAACAGAGUGGCAAGCCUUCGUCGAUUCUUUGCAAAAGAAUAAGAUGGAGGUUGAGUGACUGGUUUACGUCUGCCCCAGGCUGAGGCCUCCUCCUGGACCAGAGAAGCUGGAGCCAGGGUUUAAGACAAGAAGGGGCAUGUGGCCAGAGAUGCGGCUGGCCAGACCCCUGGAAUCAAAAGGUUACACGCACACCCACUCUCACACUUCCCUCUCUGGGGAAGACACUGUCUCCCAGAGGCUCCAAUUUAGAGUCUUCUGGGAGCUCUGUCUGGGAAAAGUCGGAACCUGCUAUUUUCAGAGCAGAUGAUGUGUUUGAAUAUAGACUGUGUACAAUAAAAUACAGUAUUUUACUUCCCUGA